AGUAGGCAUGCGCAUAUCAAAGAAAAUCUCAACGACUCAAAAGGCAGUGAACCCAGAGUUGGUGCCUUCGAGCCUGUGGAGAGUCAUCUGUUUUCAUCUCACAAGACGCCAUCGCUAAAAAGUAUUGUUUUGGUCGGCUUGCUUCAUAACAUAUUUGGGAAAUUAAACUGCUUUAGAUUUUUCACCGGUAAGAAACGACAAGAGCGGAGUACGUUUGCUAGCAACAGCGUCACAAACUGGUAGCCCGGAUUAGCAGAUAACGGAAAUAGCUUCUUUCUCCUCGAGACGCUUUUAGUUCGUCAGCGUGAUGGCGUGUGGAGCUACUCUGAAAAGAACUCUGGAUUUUGACCCGUUAAUGAAGCAAAACUCCCCCAAGAGGAGGAGGUGCACCCCGGUCAGAUCUCCCGUCUCCUCGCCUCAGAAAUAUCUUCGUCUGGAGCCUUCGCCGUUCGGACAAGUGUCCUCCAGGCUCACCACAGAGCAAAUGUUGCAGAAUAUCAAACAGGAGUAUAAACGGCUCAAAAGACUGAAUUUGGAGAGUUCUCUCCAGCAAGUAGACUCUUUUGCUCCUCUGGACCUUCAGAAUAUUCCUAGUGGAUCCUUCACAUCAGGUUCUAGCUCAGGCCCGUCCUCGCCCACCAGGAAAGAGCAGCCCCUAUUUUCCCUCAGACAAGUGGGGAUGAUCUGCGGAAGACUACUGAGGGAGCGUGAGGAUAAAAUACGAGAGGAGUACGAUGAGAUUCUCACAACAAAACUAGCAGAGCAGUAUGACGCCUUCGUUAAGUUUACACACGAUCAGCUGAUGAGGAGGUUUGGUGAGCAGCCUGCGAGCUAUGUUUCUUGAGUGGCAAAUAAAAUCCGUCCAAUCUGCUGGAAGCUCCUCCAAGGACUCCGUGGUCUGGUUGGACUUUUCCCUGGCUGUGCCAUAUCUCCUCCAAGUGGACUUGUUGCCUCGCUCGGGCAUCCAGGCUUCCAUGUUUGCUGUCUGGAGGUCUCCCUGCUGUCCACAUAAAAAACUCCACCAGUGGCCUCUUCUUAUUUAUUUGGCUUUCUUCUUUGGAUGUCUUCAUACGAGGCUGACUGCCACCAUCACUCUGGCCUUUUCAAUGUUAUCUUAAUAUUGGACAUUUUCCUUUUGUACAUUUUGGAAAAAGAAAUAAACAUUGACAACAAA